CUCAGCAUGAGCUACCACAACCGCUCAGAGCUCCAAGACCUGGGCUGCUCCAGUCCGCUGCUCCUACAGCCCCUCUGGGACACCAUGAGGACCAGGGAGGCAUUCGCGCGCUCACCCUUUUUCCCGGUCAUCUUUUCCAUCAUCACUUAUGUGGGCUUCUGCCUGCCAUUCGUGGUGCUGGACGUCCUGUGUCCCUGGGUGCCCUUGCUACGACGCUACAAGAUCCACCCCGACUUCUCGCCGUCCGUGAGGCAGCUGCUGCCCUGCCUGGGACAGACGCUCUACCAGCACCUGGUGUUCGUGUUCCCGGUGACGCUACUACACUGGGCGCGCAGCCCUGCACGCCUGCCGCAGGAGGCUCCGGAGCUCUUGCAGCUCCUGAGUCACGUCCUGAUCUGCCUGCUGCUCUUCGACACUGAGAUCUUCGCGUGGCACCUGCUGCACCAUAAGGUGCCCUGGCUGUACCGAGCCUUCCACAAGGUGCAUCACCAGAACGCGUCCUCCUUUGCGCUGGCCACGCAAUACAUGAGCAUCUGGGAGCUGUUUUCUCUUACCUUCUUCGACGUGCUGAACGUCGCGAUACUGCAAUGUCAUCCACUCACCAUCCUUACCUUUCACGUGGUGAACAUCUGGCUGUCAGUGGAGGACCACUCAGGCUACGACUUCCCGUGGUCCACUCACAGACUCGUACCCUUUGGCUGGUACGGGGGCGUGGCUCACCACGACCUGCAUCACUCUCAGUUUAACUGCAACUUUGCUCCCUACUUCACACACUGGGACAAAAUGCUGGGCACCCUGCGUUCCGCGGACUCCAGAGAGCUGUGCGCUGCUUCACACUUGAACCAGGAAAAGAAACAGACUUGA